AUGGCUCAGCAGUCUUCCCGGCUCAAUCGGUUGCUCACCCUAUUAGACACUGGUUCGAGUCAAGCAACGAGAUUUACUGCCGCGAAGCAGAUUGGAGAUAUAGCAAACUCCCAUCCACAGGAGUUGAGCUCUCUUCUAAAGAAGGUUUCACCAUUCUUGAGGAGCAAAAACUGGGAUACAAGAGUUGCUGCUGCUCAUGCAAUCGGGGCCAUUGUGCAAAAUGUUAAGCAUACAUCUCUGCCUGAAAUUUUUGAUUGUGUUCAGAGGAAGCUAUAUGAGGUCGGGAGUUCUGGUGUUGUUGAAGAUUUAGUGAUAAGGCCUAAUUUCCAGUCGCAGAUUAUAUCUUAUGGCUCUUUCAGAAGUUUUGAAAUCAACAAGGUGCUGGAGUUUGGUGCUUUGUUGGCGUCAGGGGGGCAGGAGUAUGACAUAGCUACUGAUAAUUCCAAGAACCCAAAGGACCGUUUGACCCGUCAGAAACAAAAUCUGAGACGUCGUUUGGGUUUGGAUGUUUGUGAGCAGUUCAUGGAUGUCAAUGACAUGAUUAAAGAUGAAGACCUCGUUCUCCAUAAAAUACCCACUCAAGGGAACGGAUUGCAACACAGGGGUUACAUGCCUCCAUCUGUGCAUAAUAUACAGAGGCUUGUCAGAACUAUGGUUCCUAGUGUUGUGUCAAGGAGGCCAAGUGCGAGAGAGCUGAAUCUUUUGAAAAGGAAAGCAAAGGUGAAUUGGAAAGACCAGACCAAAGGUUGGUCUGAAGAAGGUGAUUCAGAUGCCUCAUUAUCCCAAAGCACUACUCCCAAGGGAUCAAACACAGAUCCUUUUAUUGCUCCUAGCAAGGUAGAUUCUGAUGAAGAUGGCUUUGAGAAUGAUAAGGAUGGGAGGUGGCCUUUUUAUGGCUUUGUUGAACAACUGAUCCUUGACAUGUUUGACCCUGUUUGGGAGGUUCGUCAUGGUUGUGUCAUGGCCCUGAGGGAGAUGUUGUCACAUCAUGGUGGUUCAGCUGGAGUGCUUAUGCCUGAAUUGAGCGUUGAUGGUUGCUUUAAUGAAUUAAAGGACAUCGAUUGCCCGAUUGCAGUAAAAAAAGAAAGAGAAAUUGAUUUGAAUAUGCAAGUUCCAGCAGAUGAUUCACAACCACUCAGUAAAAAGCCGAAGACUGAUAAUAUGUCAUCUCCAUCAAUGGAUACUAUGAUCUCUUCUGGGUAUCAUGGUGAAUUUGACAUCAGUUUAAAAGUGGAAGAUAAUGCUUGGGAUUUGUCUGAAGGGCAGGUUAUUGGUGAAGUUCAGGUUGAUCCCCUAACGGUGAAGGUAGAACCUUAUCCUUAUUGCCCUACUUCGUCCGCAGAGGUUGUUAAUAUGGUGGACACAAAGGGUGAUCCGGAAAAUGAGCAUUGUGUUGCCAAGUCAGAAAUACUGGACAACUUUUCAGGAAGCAAUGAGCUGAUGAAUUUAGUUAAAUUGGCUCGUUAUUCUUGGAUGAAAAAUAGUGAGUUCCUUCAGGAUUGUGCGAUUCGGUUCUUAUGCGUUCUAUCCCUGGACCGUUUCGGAGAUUAUGUUUCUGAUCAGGUUGUUGCUCCUGUACGUGAAACUUGUGCCCAAGCUUUAGGUGCAACUUUCAAGUACAUGGACCGCUCUUUAGUAAAUGAAACUUUGAACAUUUUGCUCCAGAUGCAGCGUAGACCAGAAUGGGAAAUUCGUCAUGGAAGUCUUUUGGGUAUCAAAUAUUUAGUUGCUGUUAGACAGGAUCUGCUGCUUGAUUUGCUUGGCCACAUUCUACCUGCGUGUAAAGCAGGCUUGGAGGACCCUGACGAUGAUGUCCGAGCAGUUGCUGCAGAUGCUUUAAUACCUGCUGCAGGUGCUGUUGUUUCGCUAAAGGGUCAGACGUUGCAUUCCAUAGUUAUGCUGCUUUGGGAUAUCUUGCUAGAUUUAGACGAUCUAAGUCCAUCCACUAGCAGUGUGAUGAAUCUUUUGGCCGAAAUCUAUUCCCAGGAAGAAAUGAUACCCAAGAUGAUAUCAAAACCAAAAGAAGAGCUGGAUCUUAAUGAAGUCGUACAUAUUGAUGAUGCUGGAGAGAAAAAUGAUUUGGCUGAAAAUCCAUACAUGUUAUCCACUCUGGCUCCUCGAUUGUGGCCAUUCAUGAGGCAUAGCAUCACAUCAGUCAGAUACUCAGCUAUUCGAACUUUGGAGCGAUUGCUUGAAGCUGGCCAUAAACGGAGUGUCUCUGAUCCAUCUGGUUCUUCAUUUUGGCCUUCUUUCAUUUUGGGGGAUACCCUUCGGAUUGUUUUCCAGAAUCUGUUGCUCGAAUCAAAUGAACGAAUUUUGCAUUGCUCAGAGAGGGUCUGGAGGCUCCUUGUUCAGUGCCCAGUUGAGGACUUGGAAAUUGUUGCAAAUGCCUAUAUCUCUUCCUGGAUCGAACUUUCUACCACUCCAUUCGGUUCACCAUUGGAUUCAUCAAAAAUGUUUUGGCCUGUGGCAUUGCCUCGGAAAUCCCAUUUCAAAGCAGCAGCGAAGAUGAGAGCUGCUGGGCUUGAACAUGAGUCUCAUAGAACCCUUGGCUUAGGUUCUGCAAAUGAGCCUAUUCCAGCUCAGGAGAGAAAUGGAGAUGCUUCGGCGAGUACGAUCAAGAUAAUUGUUGGUGGUGAUGUUGAUAUUUCCGUGACUAACACUAGAGUAAUAACAGCGUCGGCGUUGGGAAUCUUUGCUUCCAAGUUACGUGAAAGCUCUGCGCUGCCUGUGAUAGAGCCCCUCUGGGCCUCCCUUUCUUCCUUUUCUGGUGUUCAGCGGCAGGUUGCAGCCUUGGUUCUGAUAUCAUGGUUUAAAGAGAUGCAAAGCAACGACCCUCUCAAGACCCAGGGAGUCAUGUCCGCUUUUCCUACGAACAUUAAGAACUGGUUGCUAGAUUUGUUAUCAUGUACUGACCCGGCAUUUCCUACGAAGGAUUCUAUAUUUCCUUAUUCCGAGCUAUCACGGACAUAUUCAAAGAUGCGCAAUGAGGCCAGUCAGUUGGUACAUGUUCUGGAAUCUUGGGGGAUGUUACAUGAUGUAGCUUUGGCUGUUCGAGAACGUGUUGAGAGUUUGAGUGCUGAUGAGGCAAUUAAUUUUGCAUCUAAGAUACCGCCAGUUGGGACUGGAGAUAUAGGAAAUGAACACUUGCAACAGAACAAUGUAGAUGAUGUUGAAUUGACAAAACAACGGCUUUUGACAACAUCAGGCUAUUUAAAAUGUGUUCAGGGUAAUCUUCAUAUUACAGUCGCAGCAUUAGUGGCUGCUGCUGUUGUCUGGAUGUCUGAGCUGCCAAAACGACUCAAUCCAAUAAUUCAACCUCUUAUGGCCUCAAUCAAACGAGAGCAGGAGGAGAUACUGCAGGAGAAGUCUGCUGAUGCACUUGCAGAGCUAAUCUCGCUUUGCAUUUCACGUAAUCCUAGCCCAAAUGAUAAGUUAAUCAAGAACAUUUGUAGUUUGACAUGCAUGGAUCCUUGUGAGACUCCCCAAGCCAGAGUUAUUGGCGGUAUGGAGAUCACUGAUGAUCAAGACUUCCUCACAUUUGGGAACGGUGGAGGAAGACAGAAGUCAAGAGUCCAUAUGUUCACCGGUGGAGAAGACAGAUCCAAAGUUGAAGGUUUCAUCAGCCGUAGAGGUUCUGAACUUGCAUUGAAACAUCUGUGCAAGAAGUUUGGUGGUUCGUUAUUUGAUAAGCUUCCCAAAAUAUGGGAUUGUCUCACUGAAGUGUUGAUUCCUGGAGCUGCUGUGCAUGAAAGUCAAAUUGCCAAGUCUAUUGAAUCUAUUGCAGAUCCUCAAGUCUUGAUCAAUAAUAUACAGAUAGUACGCUCUAUAUCUUCUCUGCUGGAUGACGGGUUGAAAUCUAAGCUACACACACUGCUCCCUUGCAUCUUUCAAUGCAUUCGUCAUUCCCAUGUUGCAGUUAGAUUAGCUGCCUCAAGGUGCAUCACUUCAAUGGCCAAAUCAAUGACGACCGAUAUCAUGAACGCUGUCAUUGAGAAUGCUGUUCCAAUGUUAGGGGAUAUGACAUCUGUAUAUUCCAGACAAGGUGCAGGAAUGCUUAUCAGUACGCUUGUGCAGGGAUUAAGUGUGGAGCUAGUUCCAUAUGCUCCAUUAUUAGUUGUUCCUCUUCUACGGUGUAUGAGUGAUUGUGAUCCAUCAGUCAGACAAAGUGUGACGCGUAGUUUUGCUGCUCUCGUCCCGCUUCUUCCUCUUGCACGAGGUGUUCCACCUCCGAGCGGAUUAGGUGAAGGAUUUCAUGGGAAUGGAGAAGAUGCACAGUUUCUGGAGCAGCUGCUUGACAAUUCCCAUAUCGAGGAUUACAAACUAAGUACUGAACUGAAAGUGUCUUUGAGGAGGUAUCAACAGGAAGGCAUUAAUUGGUUAGCUUUCUUGAAACGUUUCAAGCUUCAUGGUAUCCUAUGUGAUGAUAUGGGGCUUGGGAAAACUUUACAAGCAUCUGCCAUUGUUGCAUCUGACAUAGCUGAGAGGCAUACUGCUGACAACGGGAAAGAUAUCCAACCCUCUUUGAUUGUUUGCCCAUCAACACUUGUGGGUCAUUGGGCAUUCGAAAUAGAGAAGUAUAUUGACAUUUCUCUGAUAAGCACCUUACAGUAUGCGGGUUCUGCUCAAGAACGGAUGUCUCUUAGGGAACUCUUUGAUAAGCACAAUGUUGUUAUAACUUCAUAUGAUGUCAUCCGCAAGGACAUUGAGUACCUUGGGCAGUUUCUUUGGAAUUAUUGUAUUUUAGACGAAGGACAUAUAAUCAAGAAUGCCAAAUCUAAAAUUACAGCUGCGGUAAAGCAACUGAAAGCCCAACACCGCCUAAUACUCAGCGGGACUCCAAUCCAGAACAACAUCAUGGAUCUAUGGUCACUGUUUGACUUUCUGAUGCCUGGCUUUCUUGGAACGGAGAGACAAUUUCAAGCUACAUAUGGGAAACCGUUGUUGGCUGCAAGAGAUGCGAAAUGUUCUGCCAAGGAUGCUGAAGCUGGAGCGCUUGCUAUGGAAGCCUUGCACAAGCAGGUGAUGCCGUUUCUUCUCCGGCGGACAAAGGAUGAAGUUCUAUCUGACCUGCCUGAGAAAAUUAUUCAAGAUAGAUACUGUGACCUUACUCCUAUCCAACUGCAACUCUAUGAGCAGUUUUCUGGUUCGCAUGCUAAAAAAGAGAUUUCAAGUAUGGUAAAAAUGCACGAGUCAGCAGAUACAGAAGGGUCUGCUGCCUCACCUAAAGCAUCUGCUCAUGUUUUUCAGGCAAUUCAGUAUUUGUUAAAGCUCUGCAGUCAUCCAUUACUUGUUCUUGGUGAUAAGAUGCCUGAAUCAGUCUCAUCCCAGCUAUCUGAGUUCUUUCCUUCAAAUGCUAACGUGAUUUCUGAACUACACAAGCCACACCACUCUCCAAAAUUAGUUGCUCUCCAAGAGAUUCUUGAAGAGUGUGGCAUUGGCAUAGAUGCUUCAAGUUUUGAGAAUGUUGGCACAGUUGGGCAGCACAGGGUUCUGAUAUUCGCUCAGCAUAAAGCUCUGCUUGACAUCAUUGAGAGCGAUUUAUUUCAUGCUCAUAUGAGAAGUGUCACAUAUCUGCGGCUGGAUGGAUCUGUGGAGCCAGAAAAACGAUUUGGUAUCGUAAAAGCAUUUAAUUCCGACCCGACUAUUGAUGUCUUGUUGCUCACUACUCAUGUUGGCGGGCUUGGGCUGAAUCUCACAUCUGCGGACACCCUCGUCUUUAUGGAACAUGAUUGGAAUCCUAUGCGAGACCAUCAGGCAAUGGACAGGGCACAUAGAUUAGGCCAAAAGAAAGUAGUGAAUGUUCAUCGACUCAUCAUGCGGGGUACCCUGGAAGAGAAAGUCAUGAGUCUCCAAAGGUUCAAGGUCUCAGUUGCCAAUGCAGUCAUUAACUCGGAGAAUGCUAGUAUGAAAACAAUGAACACUGACCAAUUGCUUGAUCUAUUUGCAUCCGCGGAGACCACUUCAAAGGGAACGACCGCCUCAAAGCGUGGAGAAGGCAAGUUUGAUGGAGACCCGAAACUGAUGGGUACAGGGAAGGGAAUGAAAGCCAUUCUGGGUGGGUUGGAGGAGCUAUGGGAUCAAUCCCAGUACACCGAGGAGUACAAUCUGUCUCAAUUCCUGGCAAAGCUCAAUGGCUGA